AUGUCGCACAUCUCCUUACUCCUGCUCCUCCUCCUCUUGCCACCCGCCACCUCCGUCACGCCGCCGACGCCGACGACCGUCCUCCUCUCCUUCCUCGCCGCCCUGCCCGAGGCCUCGCAGAGGAUCCUCCUACCUUCUUGGCAAACCAACACCAGUUCUGCCUCCACCCUCACCCAGCACUGCGCGUUCCGCGGCGUCACGUGCUCCGCUACCGGCGCGGUCACCGCGCUGAACCUCUCCGGGCUGCUGGGCCUGGCGGGCGCGCUGUCCGCGUCCGCGCCGCGCCUCUGCGCGCUCCCGCCGGCCCUCGCCUCGCUCGACCUCAGCGGGAACGGCUUCGCGGGCCCCGUCCCAGCCGCGCUCGCCGCAUGCUCCGGCGUCGCAACCCUCCUCCUGGCCCGCAACCGCCUCACGGGACCCGUGCCCCCGGAGCUGCUCUCCUCGCGCCAGCUCCGGAAGCUGGACCUCGGCGGAAACGAGCUCGCCGGGGAGAUCCCGGCUGUGCCUGCCGCCGCCGCCGGCACCGGCGCGUCUGUCCUCGAGCACGUGGACCUCAGCAACAACUCCCUCUCGGGCGCCAUCCCGCCGGAGCUGCUGGCCGCGCUCCCGGGGAUCAGGGUGCUGAACCUGAGCGCCAACGCGCUCUCGGGACCAUUGCCCGAGUUCCCGGCCCAGUGCCGGCUCACCUACCUCGCCGUCGACGGCAACGGCGGCAUCACCGGUGAGCUCCCCGGAAGCCUUGCCAACUGCGGCAACCUCACCGACAUCAUCCUAUCCUACAACAAGAUCGGCGGCACGGUGCCGGAUUUCUUCGCGUCCCUGCCAAGGCUGCAGCAGCUGUUCCUCGACGACAACAGCUUCGUCGGCGAGCUGCCGGCGAGCAUCGGCGAGCUCCUCGACUUGGAUAGGCUGGCGGUGUCGAAAAACGGGCUGACCGGACCUAUUCCGGAGGCAAUCGGGAGGUGCAAGUCCUUGACGAUGCUCUACCUGAACGGCAACCGGUUCAACGGCUCAAUUCCGCGGUUCGUCGGGAACCUGAGCCGGCUCCAGAGGUUCUCCAUGGCGGACAACGGCAUGGCCGGAACGAUCCCACGAGAAAUCGGGAGAUGCCGGGAGCUGGUCGAGCUCCAGCUGCAGAACAACAGCCUCUCCGGGACGAUCCCGCCGGAGUUCAGCGCGCUCGGCCGCCUGCGGAAGCUGGCCCUGUUCAAGAACACGCUCCAUGGGACGGUACCUCCGGCGUUGUGGCAAAUGCCGGACAUGGAGCAGCUGCAGCUCUACAACAACAGCCUGAGCGGAGAGGUUCCUGCCGGGAUCACUCAGUCGAGGAAGCUCAGAGAGCUCAUCCUGGCGUUCAACAACUUCACCGGCGAGGUCCCGGGAGCGCUGGGGCUGAACACGACCCAUGGGCUCGUUCGUGUCGACCUGACCGGCAACCGCUUCCACGGCGCGAUUCCGCCGGGUGUCUGCACCGGCGGCCGGCUCGCCGUGCUUGUUCUUGGACACAACCAGUUCAGUGGGGGAAUUCCCGGCGAGAUAGCAAAAUGUCAGUCUCUGUGGAGGGUCAGGCUCAACGACAACCAGUUCAGCGGAAGCUUAUUGCCUGAAGAUCUGGGCACGAACACAGGGUGGUCAUUUGUGGACUUGAGUGGCAACCGGUUUGAGGGGAGGAUUCCGAGCGUGCUCGGCUCAUGGCGCAACCUCACCAUGCUUGAUCUGUCCGACAACAACUUCGCCGGACCGAUACCGCACGAGCUCGGAGCUCUAAGCAUGAUCGGGACUCUGCGAUUUUCGUCGAACCGGCUUACCGGACCGAUACCGCAGGAGCUUAAAAACUGCAAGAGGCUCUUCCAUUUGGACCUUGGAAGUAACCUUCUGAAUGGAAGCAUACCUGCAGAGGUUGCAACACUUGAUAGCCUGCAAUAUCUUCUGCUCGGUGGAAACAAGCUCACCGGAACAAUUCCGGACUCCUUCACUGCAACACAGGGCCUCCUUGAGCUGGACCUUGGUGGCAACUCUUUGGAAGGUGUCAUCCCAAGUAGCUUAGGCAACCUUCAGUACAUUUCCCAGAAUCUGAACCUUAGCAACAACAGACUGAGUGGCCAGAUCCCAAGUAGCCUCGGCAACCUUCGGAGCCUGGAGGUGCUCGACUUGUCGGCAAACUCGUUAUCCGGUCCGAUUCCGUCGCAGCUUUCCAGCAUGAUCUCACUCUCUGCAGUGAAUGUUUCUUUCAAUGAGCUUUCUGGCCAGCUCCCUGCUGGCAACUGGGGUAAACUCGCCGACGAGUCUCCCGACGCUUUUCGCGGGAACGCUCAGUUGUGCACACAUCCUGGAAAUGCACCUUGCUCACAAGAUCGGUCUCGGAAAACAGGAAGGAAGAACACACAAGUUAUCGUCGCAUUGUUGCUGUCAACAUUCAUAGUUAUGGUUGCUGUAUUGUGUGCUAUCCACUACAUUGUGAAGAGGUCAAAGCGCCUAUCGGCGAAAAGCGGCUCGGUACGCAACCUGGACUCAACAGAGGAGCUGCCGGAGGAUCUGACCUAUGAAGACAUCCUCCGGGCCACCGACAACCUGAGCGAGAAGUACGUCAUCGGCAAAGGCCGGCACGGCACGGUCUACAAGACGCAGUUUGCGGUCGGGAAGCAGUGGGCGGUCAAGACGGUCGACCUGUCGCGGUGCGGAUUCCCCAUUGAGAUGAAGAUACUCAACACGGUGAGGCACCGGAACAUCGUCAGGAUGGCCGGGUACUGCAUUCGAAGAAAUGUCGGCAUGAUCCUCUACGAGUACAUGCCGGAGGGGACGCUGUUCGAGGUGCUGCAUGAGAGGACGCCCCAGGUGGCUCUGGACUGGACGGCCCGGCAUCUGAUCGCCCUCGGUGCCGCGGAAGGCCUCUCCUAUCUUCACCAUGACUGUGUGCCCAUGAUUGUCCAUAGGGACGUUAAGUCGAGCAAUAUUUUGAUGGAUGCCGAGUUGGUGCCCAAGAUAACAGACUUUGGGAUGGGGAAAAUCGUCGGCGAUGAGGAUGCGGAUGCGACGGUGUCGGUCGUCGUUGGCACCCUCGGCUACAUUGCUCCAGAGCAAGGGUACUCGACGAGGCUGACCGAGAAGAGCGACGUGUACAGCUACGGGGUGGUGCUUCUGGAGCUCCUGACCAGGAAGAUGCCCGUUGAUCCUGCGUUCGGGGACGGCGUCGACAUCGUGACCUGGAUGAGGUCCAACCUGACGUCGACGCAGGCAGACCAUGGGAGGAGCAUCAUGAGCUGCCUGGACGAGGAGAUCACGUACUGGCCUGAGCACGAGCAGGCGAAGGCGCUGGACCUGUUGGACCUGGCGGUCUCGUGCACGCAGACGGCUUGCCAGUCCAGGCCGUCGAUGAGGGAGGUGGUCAACAUCUUGAUGAGGAUUGACGAGAGUAUCAUCAUUUCAGAGCAUCAUAAGAAGUGA